UCUUUAUUUUCGUAACAACGUACGAUUUUGGCAGCAGCUAUUUUAGUUUAUUAUUGAUCUUAUCAGAGGAUCCGGCGACAAUUUCUUCAUUUUAUCAAUCAACGUAGUCAUUCCUAUAACUCCAUCACUUAAAAGAGUCAAAUAUUACAUUUUUAUAUUUCACCUUAAUAUGGGCAAUCAACAGACCAAAAGGGGGAAAUCAACAGACCUCUUCACAGGAGAAGAACUAAAAAUAUUGGAAAAUUCCUUUCGUGUAGCUUGUGGCAGUGGGCAUACCGAUAAAAUCACAGAAAAUAAAUUGGUGGAAUCCUGGUCAUCAAUAAUCGAUAAAAAUUUAGCUCAGUUCACUGCUAAUUUCCUUUUUACACAAAGUCCAGAAUCAUCACCACAAAAGACACUCCAUCAUGGCCAACAUGUUGGAACUAUAACAUUCAGAAAAUAUGCCGAACCCUAUUAUAUUGUGGAACGAGGUACUCUAGAUGAACAAGUCCACUUUAUACACAUAUCCUUGGGAGGCAAGUCACCCAAUGAUGUCGAUUUGAAACAACUGGAAAUGUAUAUAACUUCCAUACUACUCAGCUAUUUGCACAUAUUGAAAUCCCAAAAUUCGGCAGCUUUCGAUUCAUGGCACAAGUUUGGCUAUCAUUGCAAUGAUCGUUCGGCCCAAUGCUUUGCUAAAGGCCUAAUACGUCAGCUAUACAAUGAAAGCGAAGCAUCAGCUUCAGUGCAUGAAUUGGAAAAAUGGAUACAGAUUAAUCCAACAUUUUUAAUUAUAUGGCGUAAUGUUUUCUCUUUUCUUUAUGGCUAUAAUGGUAAUGGGAAGAUAAGUAAAUUGGGCAAUCAUAGCAAAAACCAAAUAUUGCCGCUACAAGAAGGCCUUCCUACUGGAACCAAUUAUUCACCAAUUUUGGAUAUACCCCAUGUUAUAUUUGUCAAUAGCAAUAUGCCUGUCGCCUUGCAGAAUAAAUGGCGUUUUCUUUUUUCAUCGAAAAUCAUGGGUGAAAGUUUCUCCACCAUGUUGGGGAAAAUGUUGAAAAGAGGACCCACGUUAUUGGUCAUUGAAGAUGAGGAUCAUUAUAUCUUUGCUGGUUAUGCGCCACACUCAUGGGCAUUGGGACCAAAUUUUACAGGCGACGACAGUGCUAUGCUUUUUACUUUAAGCCCAGCCAUGCGCUGCUUCAACACAACUGGCUAUAAUGAUCAUUAUCAAUACUUGAAUUUAGGCCAACAGACAAUGCCCAACGGUUUGGGUAUGGGUGGCCAAUUUAACUAUUGGGGCCUUUGGUUGGACUGUGAAUACGGCGUUGGCCAAAGCUGUGAAAGUUGUACCACCUUCAAAGACUACACUCAGCUGAGCAAGCGUAAAGAGUUUCGCAUAAGAAAUCUUGAAGUCUGGGGUAUAGGAGACGAACCCAAACAAAGCGAUGAUAGCGAUGAAGAGGGAGGAGAGAAUGCUGGCAACAAACGUUCCAUAUUGGAUAAAAAUCUUGAGGAUCGUGUCAUGUUGGAAUUGUCUGGUCGUAAUAUGCACUCCGAUGGCCUAAGAGAUCCCGAUUUGGAUCUUUAAUAUACUCCUUAAGUUUUUUUUGUUUCUUUCGUUGUUCCUUUAAAAAUUUAAGAUUUACAAUUUUUUUCUGUCCCCAUUAUGUUUCUUUCGUCUGUCCCGAUAGUUUUAACCAAAGACAAUAACGCAAAAACGGCGUAUAUGUGCUUUUUGUUUGUUUCGACAGAUGCUAUUGUAAUCUUUAAAAGAUUUGCUAGUAUUAGUAGUACUCAUUCCUUUGGAUGGCAAAUGUUAUUUGCAAGUGUUAGGGAAACCAGCCAUAAAGAUAAGCUGAACUCAAUGAUUGAUAAUCGCCUAAGAUUCACAAUUAACUUUUAUUGAAAACAAUAAAAUACCAUACGAAUUUUCUUAAACUAUA